AUGACCUACUGGGAUGAGAAGAUGAGGGGGCGGUGGUUUGGUUUGAGGAUCCCUCCCUUUGUUGGAGAUGGUAACUCUAACAAACAGGAGCUGAGAAAAGCCUGCAAGUGGAGAUCCCUUGAAAGGGAUUUAGUCAAGCUAAACUUUGAUGGAGCUUCCCGAGGGAACCCAGGUCCUGUAGGUAUUGAUUGUUAUCUACAUGAUGAGGGUGGGAUGGAACUGGCUAGUCUAGAAAAACCUAUAGGGUUUGAAUCCAAUAACAAGGCUGAAAUCUUAGCUCUAAUUGAAGGUCUCCUUCUUUGUCAAAAUAGGGGUAUUCACAAACUGGCCAUUGAAAGAGACUCAGCCAUUAUUAUCAAUGGCCUUAGAAAAGGUUCUCUGCCUAAUUGGAAGCUAAAUGCGCUCUUGUCUAGAGCUCUUGGUCUCCUUAAAUAUUUCAAGAAAAUAACCUUCAAUCAUAUCUAUAGAGAAGGAAACUCUAGGGGGGAUGAAUUAGCUAAUGCAGGAGCUGAUGGGCAGUUCAUUAGUUAG